AUGGCUUCACAAGCGACUACCAAAUACUACAAAACCACUGGCGAAGAAGACUUCUACCCUGAUGCCAAUAAACCCUAUAAAAUAGGAACAGAAGAUAUUCCCUAUGAAGCACAAACACCACACCUAUUCGGAGUGGUUGAUAUAAAUGUGGCCAAAGAUGUAGCUACCAGAGGCGCGCUCAAACGAAUGGUAGGAACAAAGGAUAUGGUGGAGAAAGUAACUUCAAAAAAAGUAAAAUAUUCAGCCGUCGUGGAAUGUACCCAUGAUAUUAGUGAAAUGUUGAAUGAGAUGAAAACAUUUCAAAACAACGUUGCAAUCUUAAAGGAUGAUGUUAGAACCCUACAACAUAAAAACGAGAACCUCGAGAAUGAUAUUAGAACCCUACAACAUAAAAACAAGAACCUCGAGAAUGAUAUUAGAACCUUACAACAUAAAAACAAGAACCUCGAGAAUGAUAUUAGAACCUUACAACAUAAAAAUAAGAACCUCGAGAACACUGUUUCAGACUUGCAAGACAAAAUGGAAGAAGCCGAAGAGUUACAUGAAGUUGAUAUUGAAUAUUUGGAAGACAAAACAAUGAGUUUACAAGCCAUUGUGAUCAGGUUAAUGAAUGGUUUCUUAGAAGAUGAUAGAGACUUCCUCCAAUACACAGACCUCGUGCAAGACAUUCUUAAAAACGAAUCAAAAGAAAAUAUUUUGAGCAAAUAUUUUACAAGUAAGGCCAACGCAGACAAGAUUGCAAAAGCCUUUUCAAUGAAUGUCAAACAUUUACCUAACAUCACUGCUACUACACAAGAGUAUAAGGAGGGUGUAUUUGACUGUUUGAAGAAAAAGGUGGACAAAUUAAAGGACUUCAUGAACAUCUGA